AUGUUGCUGCACUACACACGACGGACAGGCCGCCCCAUCGUUUUCAUUGCAAGGCGAUUCACUACAAAAGCAUACGAGAAGCCAGCAUCACACGCCUUUUACGAUGACAAAGUGAUAACGUAUGCUAAUCGACCCAUCAAACCGGUGACCUUGAGCCAACUUGUUCGCUUUGGACAACCACCAUUGAACCAUGAAAGUCUACAUGCUUGUGCACAGUACGCUCGUAUGGAGUUGCCAGUACGGUUAGCACGAAGAGUGCGUGCCUUCCAGACGCUGCCUUUUAUCGUUGGAACCAAUCCCUACAUCAAGGAGAUAUACAAGUUGUAUUACGAGUCAUUUGAGAGCUUGGAACCAUAUUCCCACUAUCGCACUACUACUGGAGAUGAUGAUAUCGAGUACUCUGAGAAGCUCAAAGACCUUGUGGAUCGACAUGCCGACAACAUCCCAACACUUGCACGAGGGUUCUUGGAAUGUAAACAAUACAUGCAUCGCGAUGAUGUGGCAGCUUUUCUUGAUGAUAUGAUUCAUGCACGUAUUGGAAUUCGAUUGAUUGCCGAACAAAUGAUCGCACUUGUUGGACAAAAGCAGCAACCAUCCUCCUCACCAGAAAACAACAACAAUUACAUUGGCAUCAUUGAUACAAAGCUCAAUCCAGCCAAACUUGCCAAAUCGUGCUCCGAGUUUGUGGCCGAAUUAUGCGAAUUCAAUUAUGGGAUGCAUCCAGAAACAAUCUUAGACGGCCAUGUUGAUGCCACUUUUACCUAUGUCCCGGUUCACCUUGAAUACAUCCUCACCGAGUUGAUCAAGAACGCUCAACGUGCCACCAUUGAACAUGCAAAGAGGAAACGUGAUAUGAGUACGGUCAAUGACAAUGAUGAUGAUGAUCAUGCAACACUACCUCCUAUUCAAAUCACCAUCAGUCAUGGAAAAGAAGAGAUCGGGAUACGGAUCCGUGACCAGGGCGGUGGAGUUGCUGAGAAUGAUCUCAACCGAGUAUUCGAAUAUUCCUAUACUACAGUGGCAAAGGCAUCUGAUGACCAUGAUCCCAACAAUAUCUUUACUGGCAUUUCAGAAAUGGCAUUGCAGAGUGGUAUCGGUGGGCCACUGGCUGGCUUGGGAUUCGGAUUACCAUUAGCUAGGAUGUAUGCACGGUACUUUGGAGGAUCAUUUACUUUGGUAUCCAUGAACGGUUACGGUUGCGACGUCUUUUUAAAGCUUAAACACAUUGAUCAAUCUAUGGCUGAAUUAGAGAUUUAG